ACAUGAGCCGGCUGCUUUCUCUGCCUCCCCGAGCGUCUCUGAACAGUCUUGACAUAUGCGCUCGCUCCUGCAGGCGACUGCCUCUCCGUACAUCGCCUUGCUUCCCCUCUAGGACCGGGCAGGAAAGGGAACAGUAGCAGGAAGGCUGACCACAGGAAGUGGGCAGAGCCAGGGGUCAGGCAGCUGUGGCCCAACAUUUCUCUCCGUGGCCACUUGUUGUUGGAAUCAGAGACGGAGGAGAAGGACCUGUUGGACUCCAGCUGGAGGAAAGAACCUUAACUUUGCGUGAAAUACAUUUGGAGAAAACCAAAACUAUUGUUCAGUGACUGGAAAUGACUGAUCAGUAAGCGUCAGAGGAAGGGUUCUACACCUGCUGUGAGAGAGAGAAGGGCUUUUUCCUUGAAACACCUCACAGUCUGCCUCGAUUCUUCAAGUGCAAGGGAGCGACAUCGUCAGGGAUUUGGACCCCCAUCUCUGAUCAUGGCUCUGCUUCAACCUUGGACCACAGGGCUUAUGGCCGUCCUGGCCAUGGCAAUGUCCCCUGGAAUCUUUGGCGACCCCGACCCUCUGGUGGCGGAGCCUAAGGAGAUGAUAGUGAAGAAGGAAUCUCAUCCUGUGCUGUUUAGACAAAAGAGAGAGUGGAUCUGGAACUCCCUCUACGUGGAGGAGGAGAAGCCAGCACCCAUCCCAUACAAGAUCGGACAGUUGAAGUCCAGUCAGCGAGUGGAGGUGAAGAGAUUUAAGAUAGAAGGCGAAGGCGCGAACACCAUCUUCACUGUGGACCACAAAGGAGACCUUUUUGUCAGCAAAUCUCUGGACAGAGAAGAGAAAAGCCUCUAUCACUUAACCGCUACCAUGUAUGACGGGAACAACAAAGUGAUCGAGGACUCGGGAGACUUUGUGGUCCAGGUGACGGACAUCAACGACAACAGCCCGGUUUUCACCGGAGUAUUUAACGGAAGUAUUAUGGAGAGAUCAUCGAUAGGGACCAAAGUGAUCGAAGUGAGAGCUACCGACGCAGACGACCCCACCACUGCCAACGGUGAGCUCAGGUACUCGCUCAUCAACAGCGGUGACCUAUCCGCCUUCGAAAUCGACAGCAUUUCAGGGAUGAUCAGCUGCAAGACCAACUCUCUGGAUCGGGAAACAAGGAGCAAGUAUGUGGUGGUGGUCAAAGCUCAGGACAUGAGAGGAAUGGCCUCCGGCAGCACGGGCACCACCUCAGUCACCAUCACCAUCACCGACACCAACGACAACAUCGCCUCUUUCACCAGAAGAACUUACGAUUUAUACGUUCCCGAAAACCACAAGUUAAACGAGAAGAUCGGCACACUGGAUUUGGAGGACAGAGAUCAGAUCCAAAACAAAGAACCUAUCUUCACUCUUCCCCACGAUCUAAACCGAAUGUUUGCCGUGGAAGUCAGCCCCACUAAGGACGGCAACCUUGUGCUGAGACAACCUCUGGACUACGAGACACGCGACAGCUACAACUUUACCAUCCAAGUUCGGGAGAACCACCGAAACCUACGAUUCUCAGCCGACAAUGCUGGCACGGCUCUCACUUCAGCGCUGGUACACAUCAAAGUGCUGGAUGUGGAUGAGCCGCCAGUGUUUUCACAGCCCAUUUACACAUUCACGGUGCUGGAGGAAAGGCUUGUGAACAACAUUGGAACUAUUUCGGCCAAAGAUCCGGACCGGGCCGCCAAGAGCAUCCGGUACUCCAUCUUAGACAAGGACUGUCCCAUAAGCAUCAACCCGUUCACCGGCCAGCUCUCCACCAUUCGGACUCUGGACCGAGAGCUGGAGGCGACACACAUGUUUCAAGUUAGAGCACAAGAGGAGCCAAGCGGUUUGGAGGCGUUCGUGAAGGUCAACAUCAUCGUUCAGGACGUCAACGACAACAAACCAGAGCUGAUUGUGGAUGAGACCAUUCUGUGUGAGAACGACAUGGCGAACACAGUGAUUGGCAUGCUGCGGGCCACAGAUAAAGACAACCAGCCGGCCUCCUUCACGUUCAGCCUCGCAUACCCGAGCUCCAACUUCUCCAUCAAGGAUUACGGAAACAACUCCGCAGACAUCGUGGUGGCGCAGGGUCCGUUCAGCCUGGAUGACCCCAGGGAUUACAGCCUGGACGUCAGCAUCAGUGACGGCGGCCGACCACUGCAGACCAGCGUCACCAGAGUGGUGUUCAAGCUGUGUCAGUGUGACUCCCGGAGGAUUCCCACUCGAUGCAAGGCUCUUCCUCGGAAGAUUGGAGUGAGUGUCCAUGUCUUGGUGGCUAUUCUCCUCUGCAUCGUCACCAUACUGGUCAUCGUGAUCCUGUUUGUGAUGAAGAAACGCUACCAGAAGGAUUCUCUGACCAGUAUGAAGAACAGUGGUGAGAUUCACGAGCAGCUGGUCACGUACGACGAAGAGGGAGGAGGCGAGAUGGAUACUAAUGGCUAUGACGUCUCAAUCCUCUCGUCUGCCUGUCACGACGGCUCUCUGCUCCGCCACCCGGACCACCACCCUCAUCCAUCUCUGUACGCCAUCGUGCAAAAGCCCCACCACCACUCUCAACCCCAGGCAGGCAAGGGCGACAUGGCUGCCAUGAUCGAGGUGAAGAAGGACGAGGCGGACCAUGACAGAGACGGCUACCCCUACGACACGCUGCACAUCUACGGCUACGAGGGACCCGAAUCCCUAGCUGGCAGCCUCAGCUCUCUGGAAAGCUCCUCCACCGACUCGAACUUGGAUUAUGACUUCCUCAACGACUGGGGACCUCGCUUCAGGGUUCUGGCUGAGAUGUAUGGAGUGGAUGAGCCGGAGUACUACCAUCAGUACUGACACGUAAACCUGCUUUUUUCGCUGGUUGAAAACAGCCAUAUGACCACCUGCGUUGCCAAAGUCAUGUGACACACAUGAAGGCGACGCGUGGCUUGUCAUUUUUAGAACGGGACCAGGAGCUUCGAUCAAAACUCUGAAGACUUGUCUGAAUUCUGAACACAGAAUGACUGCACUCUUUUUUUAUCCAGUGUAGCAACAACUUUUAGCUGUUUCUAUCUUGUCCAUUUAAAGCCUUCAGCCGCCGAACACUUCUGUUUUUAUUCUUGAGACGCUUCAGAUCAAGAUUCCUGCUCAACUCCAUUUUGGAUGCAAAAUCGACUCAAAUGAAGAGAAAUUUUGUGAUCAAUUACAUCUUGAUUCUGCAGGUCUGAUUUUGAUUGUCACGUGAGAUCCAGCAUUUGGCAUCAUCAUUAGCAAUACGCUAAUGAAGCCUCAUGAAGCAGUGUGGUCAUUUCCAGAGGCCACUACUUGGCACCCUCUGCUCUGGCUUUGAACAACUAUCUGAGAGAAACCUCACAGCAGUUUGAAACUGACAGCACCAUUUACCAAGCUCCACAAAUUAAGACACUGUUUCGUGAAGCCUCAUAAGCGCAUCAUUAACUAUGACUUGUUUAACCUUCACAGUUAAUAUCUACUUCAAACAUGAAACACGCCUUUUCUGUAGGUAUGUCACCAGCAUCUUGCAUAUCAGAGCUCGACAACAGACCUUCAUCAUGAGGUCUCUUUAGCGUGGAAACAUGGACAAAGGAGACACCAUGUUCAAGAUCCGAAUCUGUUUUGAGUGCCGGCACCUCGCGAUGAAAGUUAAAAUCAUCCUCUACGAACUUGGUUAGAAUGCAUUUCUUCAAGUUUCUUUUUUCCAGUUGAGCCACAAAUUACUUCGUCCAGAUUUACCAUCCGAACAUGACGCCAUAAUUCUGUUUGCCCCGAAGUCUAAUUAUAGACAUCCGGAAUCACAUGCUGCGAAUACUCUGUCGAACAUGCAGAAUUGUAAGAUCAGUUUUCCUCAUGAAAGAGUGCCGAUUAUAGAGCAGCCUUGGAGAAAGCCUGUGGCGACGCCAGCAUCCUGGGUUUUGUGGAAGUGCCUCUGGCACCACGUAGGUGAUGAACGAGUAGAAAUACGGGUCGGUGCAUUCGUUUAACCUGGUUCUGUCGAUCGACCUGUGAGUCAUGAAUCCUUCCAGUGAACUCUGCUGGUCACGAGAAGCCGUAGAUGCCAUGUAGACCUCAUUGAUUUGUGGAUCCAUUAGAUACAGCUUAUUUAACUAAUUUAGUUUUAGCACCAAUUUCAUCCAAGCGUGUUCAAGGAGGAAAUACUCUUUAGUUUCCAUGCAAGAACUGAACUGGAUCAGUCGCUACAUUGAUUCUGCCGUGAGAGAUCACAAGUACGCUUCACUAUGUUUUUAGUACCAGGAAUUAAAAAUGGGUAGAUGAGGUUUCAUGACACAGUGUCCACAUUUUCUCAGGCCACUAGAUGGCAUUCUAUACUGCAUAAUCUGGAAUAUUUUAACAAGCCUUCAAAUAAUUUUAAAUCAAAGAACGCCACCUAGUGAGCUCUGAAAAUGAUUCUCAAGAAUAUCAAGUAGCUUAUUCAGCCCGCCACUACCAGGAAGUAUUUGUCGCUUUUAAGUUGCUUGACUGUUGCUUGACUUCACGUAAGUAAUCUGAUUUGAUCAAGUGCUUUCCACUGACUCCUAUAGGACAUAUAUAUAUAUAUAUAUAUAUAUAUAUAUAUAUAUAUAUAUAUAUAUAUAUAUAUGUGUGUGUGUGUAUGUUAACAGGGCCGCCUGCAUGACAAGUGCAAGGUGAUUUUAUUUUGAUCAGAGUUUGGAGUCAUAAAUAUUAAUUUUAACUUUAACUCAAAGAGCUUUCUGGUGUUUGAUCAGAGCGAGAUGCCACUAAUGUUCAUUUUCUUGAAAAUAGUAAUGAGGACUGACAAUGUUCACCGUUCAUUAGCCUCUGAUCACCGGGAGGUUAUUUUGGGAUGUUUCCUCUUUUCUUCGGCUUUAAUUCUUUCACUAUACAGAGAUGCAUUUCUUAUCGGAAGAUUUGGUGGGCGGACACAUCCCCAGAACACAUUUAAAAUAAAAUAAAAAUCUGAAGUCCCUUCUUCGCAAAAGUUCAUAGACUCAUUUUCCCCGGUGAGUCAUGCCAUAGCCUGACUGCCAGAAACUACCACAAAAUUAUGAAGUAAAAUGUUUUUUUUUCUAAUCGUAUCAACUGAAUUCCCUCUGUCAAGCCUUUAUAAUACAAGCGAAAAAAUUAUCUCAAGACCCCCAAAAAGAACAUUGGUUAAUUAUGAUAGGAAUACAAAUGUACCAUUGGCUAGUGAUUCCCAUGUUCCAGGUACCUAUGAAGUGGGAAGUGGGAGCUGGCUCUCCAAGUUCCUUGUACGGAUAUAAGCAACUUCCUGAUAAAUAUGUUUGAGACAAGAAACCUGCAAGAGGAAACACAAAUUUGCAAAAUACCCCUGUUUCUUUCGCCAUAUUUCACAUUUCACAAAUUCAAAAUUUGUACUUUACUGUUCCAACUGGGAAAUGUUACACUGGGUGACGUCAGUGGGCAUAAAUGGGAACUUACCUGUUCCGACCACAAAUGGUACGCUCCAUUAUACCACAUAUUGCGCCUCCGUGCUUAUCACAUUUACUGUAACAAUAUGUUAACAUGCUAAAUGAACAGGCAAACCCUGAUCAUCUGAAUAAGCAGAUUGCUCAGAAGGUUUCUUGGUGGGCAAUCAUGUGUUAUGUUAACUUCCCAUCCUAUAGUAUAAGUUAAAUAUAAUGUGAGCAAAAAUGCAAAGAAGCAGCUUUUAUCAGUAAUGUCAAGAUUUGGAACCAAGUUUGCGGGUGAAAACUAAAUAUUACAUUCCUCCUGUUUGUGUUUUCCUCCAACAAACUCUCAUAUGUGUGUGGAGUCAUUUUUCUAAGUGAGUCAUUCCGUCCCUCUUUCCUGGGAGAGAAGAGACUGACAGUCAGAAAAGGAAAUUGCCCGUCUGCCGCCCAGACGGAAUUACAGCGUGUUCCCAGGUUUUAUUUGACAGGAGCCAUCAUCACAGUUAUUGUUGAGAUGAAAGCCAAAUUCUCUGAGGUCCACUCCGACAAAAGUCAUUCAGACAACUCAGGAAGCUCCAAGUGGCAGCGGCAGAUAGUUUGGCAGCAAAAUUGUGCUGCAGACAAGGUUUUAAUGGGUUUAACCUCACUUCCUUCGGGCUGCUGUCCAGUGCCGUCCAAAAUUCAAGCUCUUGCUGCAUUAACAGCCCAUGUUUGUGUGAAACAUUCUGAACAACAGAAGAGACGUGCCGACGUUUUCGCAGAAGAAAAUUCAGCCAAUGACAGCUAGCUGUUACGCUCCUUGAUUUCGAUCUCUUGGUUUCUGUAUUCAUUCCUCUGCUUGCUCUGUUUUGAUUGGUCGGUUUAAAAUGCCACUUUAUAAACUUUCGGAACAAUGGGCGGAAGCUUGGUCAGAACUUCCCGUCCAGUCCGCGUCAGCUGGGUCCACCUCCUCGCACUCACUGCACCAACUGACCCCGUCGUAUCUCUCGCCACUUUAAUCAGCUAAACUAAACAGUAGAAUCAACUUCCUGUCAAUCUGCGAGGGGGGCGAAGAGGCCCGCCCCUUCCUGUCAUGUCUUAUCUCUCCUGGUAGCCGACACAUUGCGCUGACUUCCUGUUUGGUCGGCAUGGGAAGCAUUCUCAGCGAGGAAAAGGUUUAAAGGAAAGACAGAAAGAGAUGACGAAGACACAGUGUGAAGCACAGAUGUCUUUUGUAUGCUCUGUCUUAAAAUGCUUGUGACACACGUGAUGAUGUCAUCGCGAGUAUAAAACUAAGCAUUUACUGUAAAUGUGACAUUUAAAUGUGAAAGGUUUGAUGGAAGCUGGAAAUUAAAUCCAUGCUACAUUUCCCCAUAAAUAAAUAAAAGGAAAUUUUAAUGCCAGAAAACCAUCUUUACAUUUACAUAUUUACAUGCACCAGCUUGCAACAGAUGUUUAAUACACACAAAUGCAGACAUAGAAAAAUACAUUUUAAAUCAACAUGGAGACAACAUUAAAGUUUAUUUUGAAAAAUAACAUCACUAAUUUAAAUUUUUUAAAUGAUGCUAUGACUCACUGCGUUGUCGAGCGAAUCGUGUUUAACAAAUCAAAUCAUGAUGGCGAGGACACGACUUGAUAAACUUGAUACACAAUAUUUGUGUCUUUUCACACGAAUAAAUGAACAAAGGAGCACACACACACUUCUUUUUCACUCACCUUGAGUAACCACCACAGUCGGCUUUUAUGAAACCUGCGCUUGGUCGAGUUUCCUUUCACAUUUUCAUUCAAUUCUCUUAAUCAGAAAAUAAUUCCAACAACACUUUGGAUGUUUUCAUCAAUUUUUUGGGGCUAAAACUGAGCUCUUCGGUGGAGGUGUUCCAUUAUGUCUCUUUCGAGUGCAUUUUGCAAUUUUCUCCAGCACUCAUCCUGAAGUUCACUUACGAAACAAAAACACAUUUAUGUGUAAAAAAAAAAAAAAAAAAAAAAGACUUCACUGCCACAUCUGUCUAACAUUAAGUGCCAUAUGUUGUUCCAGCCAUUUAUUUACUGGCUCAAUUUUGUUUAUCUGUAAGAAGCAAACUUGUAAAUAGAAAAAUGUGCCUAAAUUGAAUUUGAUGUUUCCCCUCUGGCCUCGCUCUGUUUAUGUUUUUUUUUUUUUCAUUACUGUGUUAGGAGAAUUGUCUUCUGUUUGCUGUGAAAAUAAACCAGUACAUUUUCUAUUAAUGUAUAAAUGAAGCCAAGUGGUGGGAGAGGGCAGUGCUGUUGUGGUCACCUGUGCGAUUGUGCUCCUGUACAUACACACACUUUCACGGGUGUGAAAUCACCGUGAGAAUCAAACACUGAUGUACAUACAGUGAAGGGUUGUGAGGGGAAUCAUGUGCCUUUAUUCUUAAAAAAAAAUCUAAGUCAUUCAUUUUUGAUGGUCAACACAAUGUUUUUCUAAAUGAUUUUAUUGUGAAAAGCAACUACUUUUUAUUACUUUUUUGUAAGUGUAGAAUCCAAAUAAAGACUUAAAUCAA